AUGAAUGAGAUGAGGGCAGAUAGGACUCGGCAUAGGAGGGACGAUUCUCCUCCGCGUACGUCUACGGUGACUCCUACACCAACACCAUCUUUUACGCCAUCUGUUACUACUGAUCCUACAUAUGUACCCCAUACUUCUGCUGACCCGACUUCUGUUGCUCAGACAUCUGGGGCUGUUGAACAAGUUGUUGACGAUGCUGCAAAUGAGCAAAGGCUCAUAUCAUUUAGAAAACACAAACCACCCGCAUUUCUGGGGUCAAAGGACCCGAAGGAGGUUACUACAUGGCUGAGGGGGAUGGACAAAAUAUUCCAGGUUAUGAGGGAUGUUCGGGAAGCCAAGCAAGGUGAAUUUGAUAAAUUGGUACAGGAUACCAUGACUGUUGAUGCCUAUGUGGCGAAAUUUAAUGAGUUGGUUAAGUUUGCAAACUACGGGGGUAUGCUGCCGACUCCUGAGUUUUUAUCUGCUAAAUUUCAGAGGGGAUUAAAUGAGAAGAUAGCAAAGAGAAUGUCUAAUACUGCCGUGAGAAAUUUUGCUGAUCUGGUUACACAAUGCAAGAGAGUGGAGACUGUUUAUAGUAGGUAUCCUAAAUCUACUGCUAUUAAGGAUAAUGAGAUCAAGAAAACAGCUAAUUCUAAUUCUUCCUGGAAGUAUAAUAAGGGUAAAGGUUUACUAGUGAAGCAAUCUACUGAUAGGUUUAAGAGGGGUGGGAACCCUAAGAGUGAAAAUACUGAUAAAAGUGAAGUUCCUUGGUCUAAGUGCGAUACAUGUGGGAAGAUCCAUGGAGGCACCUGUUGGUAUAAACAAAAUGUGUGUUUUAAAUGUGGCAAGCCGGGCCAUUUUGCUAAUGAGUGUACUACUAGGAAGGAGGUAGCUGCAAUGGUCCGGGUGACUGCAGAACCUCAGAAGGGAAAUCGAAUAUAUACCCUAGAGUCAUUGAAUAGAGGGGGAAACCCUCAGACUGGAAAAAUGUAUGAAUUGAAAGAGUACUUCUUUCUAAUGAUUCAUCUAGUAUAUUAUGUGAAUAUAUUUGCGUGA